AUGACGAAGAUGACGGAGAAGUUUGCCUCGCCCUCUGCGGGCGGCGCCGACCCGCCCCAUACUGGCACGAUCGAGGCGGUCGUCCUGGAGCGCAAUGGGCCGGAAAGCCCAGGCGACCACAUCAUCGAGACCAAGUUUGGAAUCGAGGAAGAAAACGUCGACGGCGCGACAGUGCACUCGCUGCACUCUGUCCCCAUCGACAAGGAACCAGAGGACGCGACCGACUACCCCGACGGAGGGUAUGGGUGGGUCUGUGUCAUCUGUGCCUUCAUGGUCAACUUUGCGACCUGGGGCAUCAACACGAGUUUCGGCAUCUACCUCUCGUUCGACCUGGAGAGCAACCGCUUCCCGGGCGCGAAGGACAUUGAUUUCGCCUUCAUCGGCUCGCUGUCACUUUCGCUGGCGCUCGCGAUCGCCCCUUUCUCGAACUACCUGUCGAAGACGUUCCACUGGCGCUACUCCCUGAUUCUGGGCACGAUCUGUGUCGUCGCUGGCCAGAUUCUGGCCGGCUUCAGCAAAGAGAUCUGGCAGCUGUACCUGACGCAGGGCAUGCUGUUCGCCAUCGGCCUCGGGCUCACCAUGGUCGUGAGCAGUCCGAUCGUGUGCCAGUGGUUCGGCACGAAGCGUGCGUUUGCGAUCGGCAUCGUGUCUGCUGGAUCUGGCGGUGGCGCGCUGUUCUUCGCCAACAUUACGCGCAUCACGCUCGAGCGCCUCGGAAGGCAAUGGGCAUGUGUCGUCAACGGGUGUAUCAGUGGGGCAUGCCUUAUUCCCGGCCUGCUCUUCUACCGUACGCGCGCGACACAGCUCAAGGUCCGUUUCGAGCCGUUCCAGCCCUCCUUCUACAAGAACCCGGGCUUCAUCGGCAUGUGUCUCUGGGGCGGGUUCAUUUCCUUCGCGUACGCGAUCGGAAUCUACACCGUGCCCACAUUCGCAACGCAAGGUCUGGGUCUGAGCCAGAAGGACGGCUCGACGUUGCAGUCUCUUCUCGCUGUGGGCCAGAUCGUCGGCCGCCCGCUGACGGGAUACGUCCUGGACAAAGUCGGGCGAUUCAACGGCGCCAUCGUCACUACGCUUGUGGCGUGCAUCUCGUGUCUGGCCAUAUGGCUGCCGGCGCAGAACUUUGCCACCCUCGCUGUGGCCGCGAUCGUGCAGGGCGCCUCGAGCGGUAUCUUCUGGAGCUCUUCGCAGGCGCUGCUUACCGAUCUCGUCGGUAUCAGGGACAUGGCCAGCGCGCUCUCCAUGCUGUGGCUGAGUAAUGUGGCCCCCGCCACCGUGUCCGCCCCCAUUGCGAUCUGGCUCGCGGACUACUCCCGCAAACGGGGCAAGACAGGCGCCAGCGUGUUCCACGACGGCAUCAUCUUCGCUGGCGUCUGCUACUUCGCAUCCGCCGUGAGCCUGUACGGCACGAAACGGUAUCUCCAGGGCAACUGGAAGCCGUUCGUGAAGAAGUGA